ACACGCGGAAGCUGAGAGGCGGCCCAUCCGCUUCGAGGAAGUCGGCAGUCGGAGAGCGCCGCUCGCGGGCCACCAUCGCCCGGUCCGCGCCGCGGUUCCAGCCGCUCCUCCCUUCAUCUUCCCUUCAUCCUCCCUCUUCCUCCUGCUCCUUCCUCCGAUGGUUCUCGUGCCCACGGAGGCUGAGAGUCAAACACAGACAGCCAUGGAGGACGAUAGAGGUGGCGGCGGCGGCGGCGGCAGUAACACCGGCGAGCCCGGUGGCCAGGGGGACAGCAUCCUGUCGUUUAAGGACGAGACCAAGAAGGUGCUCGAGAUGUUCCUGCGUCGCAGCCUGAGCGCGCCCGAGGAGACGGCGGUCGGUCGCGUCGGUGGCUGCUACCACUCGGAUUACAACCACCGGCACCAACGGCGCCAUCACCGGCGGCAGGGCAAUGGCUCCGUCGUCAAAAGAGUCCAGGACACGGUGGACGUCGAGCGGAAAGACGAAUUCUACGAGAAGGUGGCGCGGCAGCUGGAGCGUUUGGCAAAUCAGCAUCAGCUGCGCACAGCACAGUCUCACGACGUGGACUCCUGGGUGUCGCCCGAUGGGGUGCCCAGACCCCUGCCAGGAACUCCCAUCGAGGGGUGGAGGAUCACGCCUGAGCCUGGCCCAUCGCCGGGCGAGCCACUCGCACACACGCGAGUGGAACGUGUCGCGAAGCCCACCCCAUCGCCGGACAGGACGCUGUCACACGCGUCGGCGAAGGAUGGCAGCAGGGUGCCGAGGAAGGACCACAAAGUACCUGCCGGCACCAAUAGCGGGUCCAUGACGAGCUCGGCGCAUCGCGAUUGCGUGGAGGUGGACCCCGAUUGGAUGGAGACGCACGAGAGGAUCAACAAUGCCGAGGAGAAAAAGCACGGAUUCAAAACGCGAUUCAAAAAGCUCAUCCGCUGGGAAAGUAUCAAGCACGGCAAGAAGAAGAGGAAGAAGAAGAAGGAGGAGGAGGAGGAAUCGGCGGACAUGAUGGUGACGCAGGGUUGGUCCGACCGUGACGAGGAGAUGCUGAGGGGUCGGGCUCACCGGGGGGGGGUGCCCCUCGGCGAGGCGGAGGACGAGGCGGAGGACGAGGCGGAAGAGGAGGAGCGGAGGAGGAGUCCGCCACAGCCUGCCACGCCGCAGCUGCCCGUGAGCGGCACCGGCACCGUCGGUCACAGCGGCAAAACCAAGUGGCGAGGGAUCGGAUUCUUCUCAAUGAGAAGGAAAUCCAAAGCGGCCGUUGCCUCGGGCGAGCCCGCCCCGACGUCCCCUCGGCCGUCCACGCUGCCGCUUAAGAACAUCUUCCGGCCCAGCAAGAAGAAGGGGCAAAGCGCUGCCCAGGAAACGGUUGACAUCGAGAAGCCCGAAAUCGACGAGAAAGUGACGCGGCAGCUGGAGCGUCUGGCAAACGAGCUGUACACGGCACAGUCCCGGCACCUAGAAUCCGGUGGGGUGCCCGGACACCCGCCGGGCACUCCCGUCGAGGAGCGGAGGAGCACGCUCGAUCCUGGCCCACAGCUCUCCGGCCCCGUACGCAUCGUGGGGGGAGCCUCCGACCAAACAAUCCAGGGGGAAUUGCGGUACGGCGACCGCACGCUCGUGCAGUCCGUCGAGGAUCCCAGACAGUCGCAGGGCAGGACGCUGUCGCGCGCGUUGGCGAGUGAUUGUGGCAAGGUGUCAAAGACGGACCACAAAGCAGCUGCCGGCUUGGCGGCGGCGGCGACGGCGAAAGAGACGGAGCUGCAAAACGAGACGGAGCUGAUCGCGGAGCUCGUGACCCUGCUCGGAUUAAGCGGCGACGCCCUCGAAAAGCAGAUCCAACAGGACGUGGACCUGCGCGGAAUUUCCUACAUCUUUUUCUGCAAAUUCAUCAACGCGUACAUCACGGCCGAGACGCAGGACACCACCCCCAGCCCGGAGGCCUGUCGCCCAGUCCACGUUCGCGCCGCCGCCGCCGCCGCCACUCCCAACAAAUUUCCCGCCGCGGACGUCGCCGAUUCGAGCGUCGUCACCCCGGUGGUGGCCCAGCAGCCGACGCCCGGUAGCGACGCAUCGGUGCGGCCGCCGGAGGUGUUGCAGAUCGCCUUGGCGAUGGACCUGACCAAGAGGAUGGCUGGAAUAAACCAGCGGGCGGUGACGAGGAUCAUGGGCUUCGGAGCUCAGUACCUGGAGGAGAGGUUUUCGCCGUGGAUUAUGAAGCAGGGCGGCUGGCACAACAUUUUGGAUCCCGACAGUGUCUCGGAGUUCGAAGUCGACUGAAGUUUUUGACAAGUGGGAUGAAAACACUAAUGUAGUUACGAAAAGAGGAGGGGGAGUCAGGUGUUUGGUUGUGCACUGUAUGUAUGCAUGCCUUUAUCGGAGGGAAAAUGUAUCACUGGUGACGGGAACACUGAGGUCAGAUGCUUGGCACCUUGAUGUCCCCACAUGUUUUCAACGCACCCACAGUGCCGUUCUUGCAAUGGUCAGCGAUGAACAUCCAGUCUGUUCUCCUAUGAACGCGUGUUGUUUUCACGACGUGAAUUGGAUAUAACGCGAUGAAUGUACUCGGGAACACUUUUUCACAACGCGGAAUGCGAAUUGGAUAUAACGCGAGGUUGGAAUAAGCGGCUGUGCGGCUGCCUCGGCGUAGCAUCUAAACAGGGCGGGAUGCUGCUGGAUGCUUCUAGAUGCUACCCACGAUCCUCAAGUCUUUGCUCAGCCUGCGUACGCAUCUCCACACGUUGUCGCAAACCGUGCUUUAGCCUCUGACGUAUGUUUAGUUAUUAUAACGCGAGAUUUUUCCAUAACGCGCGGUGUUCCUCAGGAAACGCGACCCACCGCCGCGUUCGAAGAGAACAGCCGUGUGUCGCUCCCGAGUGCCGAUGCCGCGUGCGAGUGAGCCGCCGGCCAUGGCGGUGCCGAGCGUUGACAAAAUUCUUAAGUGAUGGGACGCGCUUCACAGUUAUGCUACACAUUGACCAGAUGUGAUGAGAGAGGACCCCUCCCCCCCCAAAAAAUAUUUUAAUGCAAAUUAACCUGCUGCUGUGAUGAUUUAUUUUUUUAGAUAAUUCUAAUCGAAUUUGGUGUUCACUUGGGUGCAUUUUUUUAUGCCAAGGCUCCUACAUAAUGCUCCAAGGGAAUGACCCAAAGUUUAUCAAACUUGUAUUUUUAAAAUUUUGAUUUAAAGCUUUCGCGACUGCAGGGAUUCAUAUUCUUGGCUCUUUCGGUAAAGUUUUAUGUUUUUAUUAUUUUAUUGUUUCCCUUCUACGUGACUUUGCCGAAAUAACCAAGAAUUUGUAUUUUUUUAAUUUUCUUUGUACAUUUACGGGGAAGCCAUGUUUUUUCCUAAAAAAGUUCAAGUUAAUUCCGACCAGCGCGAACACGCAGCGUACCGAGUUGCCGCGCCCUCGGUGAUGUCCACGGUGCGUUUGUGGGAAUUCUUACGUCGAUUUCAUUUUCCUAAAGGAAAAAACUGCCGCAGGGACAGAGGCCUUUUUACUUGAAAUGGUUUUCAACGGGACACUGUGAAUGCACCACGACUUUUUGCGGAUCAUGCCACUGAAACUCGUAAAAAAAACGCAUACAGCCUGUGUUUUGAACGUUGUUGGGAUCUUCCGUGCUAUUAGUCGUCCGUGCCUUAAUAUACUGUUUACUACUGAACAUAAUGUUUGAAUGCGUUUGUACGUGGCAUAUGGGCGUAAUGUAAUUUUAAAAUGAUGCUGUAUUGCACGGAGCAAUGAGUUUGCGAACUCUGCGACGCCGACGCCGCUGUCGGUCGUUUUUGUUGUUUUACGUUGAGGCUGCGACAAAAGACCUCAAAAGUGACAAUCGGACGUCGGUUUCUGUGGCACUGAGGCUGUGAUUUAUCCAUCACCUCCGGUGGUCGACGAGACCAGCGUUCUCGCCCGCCCGAAUCCAUUAAUGAGUGGAGCGUUUUUACGUUUCUAUUUUCUUUCCCCCCACCGCCAUGGCGAACGCGGUCAUGGGAAAUGCCUCCAAUUAUAUUGUGAUUUUCGCUGUUUUAUCAAAGCGUUAUUUAAAUACGACCACAUGUUGGUUCAAUUUUCAGGAGUAUAAUUGGGAACGUAGCCACCGCCAUUUCGGGUUAAUUCGCAACAGUGAGGCGAAACAUCCCGAAACGUUGGUUAACGUGUUUCUCGGCAUACUUCUUGAAGGGCUGUCAGCUUUAUUAUUAAGUCGUCAAAUUCGCUCAAACUUAACCGUUGACUUUUAUCCCACAAUGGGUGAUGCAUAUUUAAUUAGCUUUAAUUGUGUGGGCUUGUUAAAAUAUUUCUCUCCUCGGUUAUCAAUGCAUGAGGGUUCCACUUUUGUGUAUUGGGUAAUCGUGCAAGUGUUUGUAAAUGUUAAAACUGGAUUACGAUGUUUAUGGUACGAAUGUUAGAACCAAACGACGGAAAAGGCAACUAACAAAAAUGAACUUUACACGUGCUUUAAUAACCCUGAGGAAGGAAUUUUCUUUUUUAAAUGUUCAUUUAUUUCCCCCCCCCCCCCCCACACAAAGUUCACGCAGCGAGCCAAUCGCGUACGAGGGCGAAACUGACGCGCGCUACGGUUAAAGAGACUCGACUACACGCGAAUGUCAGUCCAACUUUGGUCGGGCAAGCAAACACGGCAACAGCUUCCAGGGCCGCUUUCACGCGACGCGAACAACACACGACGCUGAGAUGCUACGCGUGUGCAAUCGCAAUGCGUUUUACUGCAUUGGCGUGAAGUGUGUGUUUGGCAUUAAUGAGGUAGUCGCGAAAUUGUUGAGCUGAAUAUGCGAUCUGUUUUACAUGUGUGAAGUGUGUUGAAGCCGUCAAAGGUGUUUGACCCCCUUACCGAGUACAGUUUGAUAAGGAUGCCCUGUUGCAUAGCUGUCAACCCCUUAUCAGUGCCCUGCCUUAUUACAGACCAAUUCAGACCUUAUUGGUCACCACGUGCCCCUUAUGAAUCUCAAUGUUUAUCCUACAAAGUUCCAUCACAAGGGCUGUACGCCGUAUGGCCUGCAAACUCGAUUUCCCUGUACAAGAAUAUGGCGUAAACCGUAUGGGUUGACAGCUGUGCUCUUGCUACCAGAAUAGUGGAUGAAUGGCUUGGAGUACACGUUCAACCUCCAUCCACCUCAUAUAUAAAACUAGAGCAUCAUUCUUCAUCACAUCUUGCCCUACUCUAAUAGCAUCUAUGCAAGUGAAUAGCAAAUUGAAUACAAGAGAAUUACAUUCUCAGGGAUGAAGACUUUUCGUUUAUUUGAAAAGUAAAAAAAACUAGUAACGUUUAAUAUCGAAUGUUUAACUUAGUUUGUACUUAGCCAAUGGAUUCAACACGGGUGACAAAUGGGUGAGAAUGUCAUUGCUAUGUUUUACACUUGAAAAUGUGAGCAUGUUGAAGAGGAGUGGGUGGUGAUUGAUGGUGAAUGUGUUUUUUUUACGAUUAUAAUUUUUCAUGCUUUUAUAAAAAAUAACAUUUAAAAAAAUGCCUUCUGAUUCGGAGGCACAAGUACGGGAUGUGUACAGCAUUUCCAAUUAAAAUGCAUCGCGUACAAAUGA